AUGGCGGGCGUCCUCACGUGGAAGAGUCGCUUCGGUGGCAUCUUUGGGAACAAAACUAAAUCCGACAGUGCCGAAGCCACAGAUGACGAGAAUACCAAUAUUCCGAAAUGGAGUAUGGGUGUUCUCAACGACCCCAAAACGAUUGAAGUCCCUGGUUCUGUGCUUCUCCUCGCUGCGCAUCGCAACGAGCCACUCGGCUUACGCAACGCGCCCGCAAGGACUUCCCACUCAUCCAUCCCCACUGGUUUCCCGGAGCCGGUAGACACACCGACCGGCCGCCAAUCUCCAGCCAACGCGGCCCCACCUGAGCCCGAUGCAAAGACGACCAAGGACGGAAUCAUCCUCAACCCUCAGCCUGAAGAGUCUGCAAACGACCCUCUCAACUGGCCUUCAUGGCGGCGCGAUUGCGCUCUUCUGUCUCUUGGUUUCUACUGCAUGGUUGGUGGUGGCAUGACUCCCUUGCUUGCCGCUGGCUUCACCAAUGUCGCCGAAGACUACCACAUUGAGACCGAGACAGUCUCCCUAACUACUGGUCUGUACAUGAUGGGCAUGGGUCUCGGUUCCGUCAUCUUUUCUCCCACGGCUAUUCUGUACGGAAAGAGGCCCGUCUACCUCUUCAGCUCCAUCAUCUUCAUCCUCAGCUCUGUGUGGGCAGCCCUGUCACCAAACUUCACCUCUCUCAUCUUGGCUAGAAUCUUUCAGGGUAUUGCAGUCAGUCCCGUGGAGUGUCUUCCCUCCGCCACCAUUGCAGAAAUUUUCUUCCUUCAUGAGAGAGCGUUCCGAAUCGGCAUCUAUACACUCCUGCUGCUUGGCGGCAAGAACCUCAUCCCCCUCGUCAGUGCCCUCAUCAUCCAAGGUCUUGGAUGGCGUUGGACUUUCUGGAUUGUUGCCAUGAUUGUUGCCUUCUGUGGCGUGCUUCUGUUUCUGUUCGUGCCAGAGACCUUCUGGGACCGAACACCGCUCCCCAAGUCACGGAAGCCGUCCCGCAGACCGAGCUUUACUCGCCGAUUCUCAUCACGCCAUCACGUUCCUCAGGUCCGCAGCGCUCAUGAAGAUGCUGUUGUAGCUCCCACAAGUCCUACGCCACAGUCGCCACACGUUGCUUCGCAUCCGCACAAGGACCUUCACGUUGGAUUUGCGCCAGACCCAAACGAGAAAAAGGAUGACAGCAUCGACAAGCAGGUGAAGGACGUCAAGGAUGAGACGCCGGACUCUUCCAACCCGGUGCCCGUCUCGCGGACGUCUGGCGCGUCCGGCACACCCACCUCCGGAUCGGAUUAUUUCCACAACGCCCCAGCUAUCGAAAGCGAAAAGUUCAAGAUGCAAGCUUCCGACGUCAACUCACCGCCAAAGGCCCUGGCCUACACCCACACCCUCCGCCACCAGCCCGCGAAAUCCUUCACCGAGCAGCUCAAGCCCUGGAACGGCCGCCUGAACCACGACAGCUGGUUCAAGGUCAUGCUCCGGCCCUUUGUCCUCUUCGCCUACCCCGCCGUGCUGUGGUCCGCCGCGGUCUACUCCCUCUCCGUCGGCUGGCUCAUUGUCGUCUCCGAGUCGGUCGCCUUGAUCUACCGCAACCGUGAGUCGUACAACUUUGACGCCCUGCAGACGGGUCUCGUCUACCUCUCCCCCUUUGUCGGAGGCAUCCUCGGCACCGCCGUCGCGGGGAAAGUGAGCGACAUCAUCGUCAAGGCCAUGGCCCGCCGCAACGGCGGCCUCUACGAGCCAGAGUUCCGCCUCGUCAUGGCGGCGCCGGUGCUCGUGACCACCGUCAUCGGCCUCAUGGGCUUCGGCUGGUCCGCGCAGGAGCGAGACCACUGGAUCGUGCCGACCAUCUUUUUCGGCCUCAUCUCGUUUGGCUGCACGCUGGGGUCCACGACGUCCAUUACCUUUUGCGUCGACAGCUACCGGCAGUACGCGGGCGAGGCGCUCGUCACGCUCAACUUUAGCAAGAACAUCUUCCACGGACUCGUGUUUAGUCUGUUUGUCACGCACUGGCUUACCUCGGACGGACCCAAGAUGGUGUUUAUCUGGCUGGGCGUCAUUCAGCUCAUUUUCCUGUUUGCCACGGUUCCCAUGUUCAUCUACGGGAAGCGGGCGCGUAUGUGGACCGUGAGGAAGAACUUUAUGGAGAAGUUCUAG